AUGUAUGAAAGUGAAAUUAUUGAAUAUACAAAUCGUCAUAAAAUGGAAGAAACAACAGCUAAAGUAUUUGCUCGUUUAAGUCAUAUGAAAAGUAUUCUUUAUAAAACUAUUAAAAAAUCAUCUUGUGGUACUAUUUCAAAACACAACGGUACCUAUUAUUCGCCAACAAGCGAUGAUUAUGACCAAAAAUCUGAGUCAACAUUAACAUCAUUGAUUGAUGAUACAUCAGAAGAUACAAUUUCAUCGAUCAGUGCAGAUUCUAUGGAUUCAGGUGUUUCCUCUGUAUUAAGUGACUUUUCACACUAUUCAUUAUCGUCAUCAUCAACAUCAUUACUUAAUCGAACAGCAACAAGCAUACCUAAAUCAUGUCAUUUGAGGUGUGAUCCAUCGAUCAUUAACUACAUAUCGCAUAAUCUAUUAACAACUCAUCGAUCGGAACUCUUUCUCAAUGAAAUCGACGAUCCAAAUAUUGAAGAAUCUCCAUUGAUACAAAUACCAUUAGCCGAAAGUAGUCGUCGUAUUGUACAUGAAAAUGAAGAAAAUGAUCAGACUAUUGUUGCUGAAGAUGAAGACGAACAACAAUCGGGCCCAUUAACAUCGACAUUAAUCGAUCGAUGGUAUUCCGUAACCAAAGCGUAUUCAGCAACAUUUCGUCAAGAUUUAACUGUGAGAAAAAAUGAACUCGUGCAAGUACUGCGUUCAACACAUCCACAUUGGGUUUGGGUGCGAAAUGAACAUAGUCAAGAAGGAUUUGUGCCAAUCGAUUGUUUGGUUGCUGCCUAG